UUGCCCAAGUACUGAAUCUAGAUGCCGGCUUAGGGUUGAGUAUUUGCCGGGUUCACACCCUGCAAUGAUUAUAAGGCGAGACCAACGCUUCUUCGUGACUCACAUUUGCUACCACUUCCACCAUGGAUCCCUCAAGGAUAAGAGAGAAAAUCGGUCGCUUUCGAAUCCUCGUUAUAGGAAGAGCGAACGCAGGGAAAACGACCAUCCUCCAAAGAGUUUGCAACACACGGGAUAAUCCAAAAAUAUACAACAGCGACGGGGAACGGAUCGAUGUUGAAGUUUUAACGGCAUCUAGAGAGCGCGGACUGCACGACAUCGAGAAUGAAAUGGUGUUCGAAAGCAACCCGGGGUUCAUUUUCCACGAUUCACGGGGUUUUGAGGCAGGCGGCACAUCCGAAUUCGAACAGGUCAAGGCAUUCAUCUCGCGCCGUUCUAAGGAAGAUCGAAUAAAGAAUCAGCUACAUGCUAUCUGGUAUUGCAUUCCCAUGGACGAAGCAUGCAGGUCGUUCACUGCAGCUGAAAAGAAAUUCUUCUCUGAGUGCGACACAGGAAGCAUACCGGUGAUAGUAUUAUUCACAAAGUUUGACGCGCUAUACGACGUCGAAUUCACCAAGCUAAGGGCGGAAGGAAGAUCUCGGAAAGACGCUAGGGAACUGGCCCCGAAACAAGCCGAAGAGUCAUUCCCUAACGGGCCACAAUUGAAGUUUCUCAAGGAAGUACGAUGGCCUCCAAAAUGUCAUGUGUGCCUUUCUAACAUGGAGAAGGAUGAUGCAGAUUGCAGGAUACUCAUUGAACGCACGGCCGGAACUCUGGAUAAUGAAGUGCUUCAGCAAAUAUUCGUCUCGACCCAGCAGACCAAUCUGGAGAUCUGCAUGAAAUAUGCAGUUGAGAGGUAACUACCCAUGGACUCAUUCACCUGCCGCAAACGUUAGCGACUGAUAUUGCACAGAACACUCCCAAAACAUAUGGACUCUGCAGAGACAACGUCAUCUGAGGGUUAUGAGAGGAUAAUUGGGAUAUUGGGCGUCUGGUUUCCACACAUUCAGGUAA